GUUUGUCAUUAAGGUUUGGUUGUAGAGCACACUCCAGUAAACUUUACCCUAUUAUAUAAUAUUAGACUUUCAGAGUGUGUGAUAAUACGCGAGUUGGCAUUUCAUAUGCACGCUCCACAGACCAUUUACUAAACGUGACUGGGAAUCGAGGGGCCUGGCUUAAAUUUUUUCUUUUUUUAAGCUUGGCCAGCUGCAUUUAGCCUACAACUAUUUUGGACAAUGGAAUUCAUACCUGUGGUUGACUUUGAUGUCUACAAACUUGGUACCAGCGAUGUCGCUGACAAGAACUUGCAAGAGUUAGGCAAAGAAAUUCGAAAGGCCUUCACUGAAGUGGGGUUUGUGUAUCUCAAAAACACAGGAAUAGAUCAAAAAGAGGUGGAUCGUGUCAUGGACAUUUCUAAGAAAUUCUUCCUGCUUCCUGAAGAACAGAAAAAGCCCUUCAGUAGGGGCAGUUAUGCAAAUAACGGCAAUCACGGUUGGGUGUCCUCAGAAACAGAAAGUUUAAAUCCUCGACGUCCAGGUGACUUGAAGGAGGCCUUUAAUACUACAUCCCUGCACCCUGACAUUAAAUGGCCCUCCGAUGGUUGUGAUGGCUUCCGUGAUAUCAAAGUCGACUUUUUCCUACACUGUAAGGAGCUGUCUCUCCGUGUACUGAGGGUCAUGGCUCUAAGUUUAGACCUGGAUUCAGAGGUUUUUCUGAAAGCACACUGCCACCUUGGUAGUGAUAAUAAUGGCACGACCCUGCGCUCUCUGUAUUACGCUCCGGUGAAGACUGAGAGUGUGAAGAUAGAUCAGAUCCGCUGUGGUGAGCACUCAGACUAUGGCAGCAUCACUCUAGUCUUCCAGAGCCAACAGGAAGGCCUGCAGGUAUUAAAUCGCAAAGGUGAGUUUAUCUCAGCCCCAAGUAUCCCUGGAACAGUGCUGAUCAACAUUGCAGAUAUGAUGCAGAGGUGGACCAGUGACGUGUUUGUGUCUGCUGUCCACAGAGUUCUACUACCUCCUGUGGGUGACUCAAGUGCAAGGCAGUCGUUGGUGUUCUUUGUGCAGCCGGAUGAUGAUGCCAUCAUUACGUGUUGUGAUGGCUCAAACAAAUAUCCUCCAGUGAAAUCGCUGGAGUAUCUCCUGUCAAGAUUCAACGACACUUAUGGCAGGAAAUAGAAAUGUGCUUCUCCUUGUCAGCCGAUGAUCACAAAGUAAUUUAGUAAUUAACUGUUUCAUUGUAUUUUUUUAUAACUUGCAGUCCUGUGUAGGAUAUAAUAAUGUUCAUCAUCAGCAUGUCUGCAUAUACAUUUAUAUAACCAUAUUGAUUUUAUCUGAUAUUGACCUUUUAUCAUGUUCAUUAUUAAUGGUCUUGUUUAAUAUCCACACUGUUAAA